GACCAAAGGUGAGACGCCGUGCGGCUCCAGACCGGGCCUGGUCAGCUGGACGGGUGCACAAUGAGGCUGCUGGUCUUCCUGGGCUUGCUGUGGGGCUCAGCAGCCACACUCCCCGGCCCACAGUGGCCUGAGCCCGUGUUUGGGCGCCUGGCAUCGCCUGGCUUCCCCGGGGAGUACGCCAACAACCGGGAGCAGCGCUGGACCCUGACGGCACCCCCCGGCUACCGCCUGCGCCUCUACUUCACCCACUUCCACCUGGAGCUCUCCUACCUCUGCGAGUAUGACUAUGUCAAGCUGAGCUCAGGGAGCAAGGUGCUGGCCACGCUGUGCGGGCAGGAGACCACGGACACGGAGCGCGCCCCCGGCAAUGACACCUUCUACUCGCCGGCCUCCAGCCUGGACGUCACCUUCCGCUCCGACUACUCCAACGAGAAGCCGUUCACGGGCUUUGAGGCCUUCUACGCAGCAGAGGACAUCGAUGAGUGCCAGGUGCCCCCGGGACAGGCACCUCCCUGUGACCACCACUGCCACAACCACCUGGGUGGCUUCUAUUGCUCCUGCCGCAGGGGCUACGUCCUCCACAGGAACAAGCACACCUGCUCAGAGCAGAGCCCCUAGCCUCACCUCUCGCUCCGGUCUGGGUCGGGCCGAGAUUGCUGCUACCUGCAGCCCCUCAUCCACCCCAUGCAUCCCUCCGUGGACCUAACAAUAAACCUGCUUCCGGCUCCACC